AGAGUUCAGACAUGUAUCCUUGGCUCCCACCUGGCAUACAGAAGCCACGUAUUUGCACGCUUCAUCAAACACAUGUACUCAGGAUACCUCGCCAUUUCAAUUCAACAGUGUGUAUAUGCCACCGCCAUUCUCUCCGCUAGCACUAUCCUUCCUCUGAUCAUCCACCAUUGUAUUCUCGAAAUUCGCUCUGAAUCAGUUGGAUCCUAAUCCGGAAGUCAUGGCUGAUCGCUUUUUCGCUAAUGAAAUGCCAGAAUUUAUUGAUGAAACAUCAAACAUUGCCGAAGCCAUUGAAAAUUCACUUUUAAAGCUUCUUUCUCUGCCUUAUUCAUCACUUUCUGAGAAAUUGAAAGAAAAAGCUCUGGGUCUUAAAGAAACAAUUGUUAGAGAAACUUGGGGUCACGGUGGUAGACGUGUUCAGGAUUUUACAGUUUAUACUGGUUCUCUUGGGAUUGCUUACCUACUAUUCAAGUCCUAUCAAGUUACUCAUAACAAAAAUGAUCUUACACUUUGCUCUGAAAUUGUUCAAGAUUGUGAUACUUCCUCCAAAAAUGCAAGGAACGUGACGUUUUUAUGUGGGAGAGCAGGUGUUUGUGCAUUAGGUGCAGUAGCAGCAAAACAUUCUGGUGAUGAAAGACUACUCAAUCAUUAUCUAACUCAAUUUCAAGCGAUCAAGUUGCCAAGAGAUAUUCCUAAUGAGCUACUGUAUGGGAGAGCUGGUUUCUUAUGGGCGUAUUCCUUCUUAAACAAACAUAUUACUGGAGUAGUUUCAUCUUCCUUUACUGGUUCAGUAGUUAAGGAAAUAAUUGAGGAAGGAAGAAGAUUAUCAAACAAGGGUAGAUGCCCAUUAAUGUACGAGUGGCAUGGAAAGAAGUAUUGGGGAGCAGCCCAUGGUUUGGCUGGAAUUGUUCACGUUUUAAUGGAUAUGGAACUUAAGCCAGAUGAGGUUGAGGAUGUUAAGGGAACUCUACGGUAUAUGAUACAGAAUCGCUUCCCAAGUGGGAAUUAUCCUUCCAGUGAGGAAAGUGAGAGUGAUCGGCUUGUACAUUGGUGUCAUGGCUCCCCUGGUGUAGCUCUCACUCUUGUCAAAGCUGCCCAGGUUUUUGGGGAUCAAGAUUUUCUGCGAGCAGCUAUUGAUGCUGGAGAGGUGGUUUGGGAACGAGGAUUGUUAAGGCGAGUAGGUAUUUGCCAUGGCGUGAGUGGGAAUGCUUAUGUAUUUCUCUCUCUUUAUCGGCUAACAGGUAAUGUGAAAUACUUGUUUCGGGCCAAAUCAUUUGCUUGCUUCCUAUUUGAUAAAGCAGAGAAGCUGAUAUCAGAAGGAAAAAUGCAUGGAGGUGACCAUCCAUACUCCCUUUUUGAAGGGUUAGGAGGAAUGACUUAUCUGUUCCUUGACAUGACCGUUCCAGCUGAGGCUAGAUUUCCCGGUUAUGAACUUUGAAACUCUAUAUUACGACUUUAUAAAUGUAUGUAUUGAAAAGGUUAGGAACGUACCGUUACUUGUUUUUGUAUUUAUGUCCUGUGUUCCUCUGUAUUGUAUCUUUUUCUUAUAACAGUGCGAGUCCAUAUACCAACAGUGUGGCUUUUGAACUACCAGUGUCACUUCAGGUUCUGCUUUUU